AUGGAGGAAGAUAUACCACCCCUCUUAGAGCCAGACACCCUGACACCAGCCUGCCCCAGCCUUAGCCGCAGACGGAUGUACAGGCUCUGUUCUACGGAACCCAUACCACCCCUCCUAGACACCGAGCCCAAACCUGCACUCACCUCCCAGGGCCCAGAGCCCCACUGCUGCCCAGGUCCCAGCCCUGACCCCAGAGGGAUGGAAGGUGCUGGCUCCAUGGAGCCCAUAUACCCUAAGCCAAAUACCCAGACAGAGAACAGCAUCACUAACCCUGACACACUUGUCUUAAUCCACCCCUCCCAGGGGCCAGUGGCCCCCCAUCGCCCCUGUCCCAGUCACAAACGGAUACAUGGUGUUGGUAUUGGUAUCAGUGUUGGCCCUAUGGAACCUAUACCCCCUCACUCAAAUACCCAGGCCAGCGUCACUGACCCUGACACACUUAACCUAAUCCAGGAGACGCGACAGAUGCAACAGAUUACCCAAAAAAGUGACACAGUGGAGGACAAUGUGACUGACUGUCACUGUGACACACAUGUCUUAAUGCUAAUCACUCAGGAUCCGGUGACAGGACUCUUACACCGCCACCACCAUGUUAGGACAGAGAAAGAGGACAUGGCCCAGUCAGAGGGACUAGCACCGGGCUAUCGUGAUGCUACACCACCACCUGUCGAUGCUUAUUGGGUCUUAUGUGAUAGCAUCACUAGUGUGACACAUGAUGGGACAGAGGGAGCUAGUUUAAAGCCCUCAGAGGAAAACAAUGACAGUCCUAACGAGUUGUGGCUGGACGCAUGCCAGUAUCAGACCCUGGCAGCUGAGGAUGGGGAGGGGGAAGAAGGGGCUAUUUUGGGUGGGGACGAGUGGGGCCUUUAUCCUAUCAGAGGCAGCGGUGUCACAGAAUGUCCGGACAACACAAAGGAGUCGGGUUUCCUACUGGGAAUGGACGCUGCUAUUGGUCAGGGAGGCUGUGAUUCGGACCAGUGGUUGUCUGUGCCACCUUUUGAUAGGUCUGUGUCCACUGACAGCUGGUAUAGCACGUUCUCCGACUGGGCUGUCAUAGUCCCUGGAGGAGGACCGCGACCCGAAGACUUUACAGGAACAGCUGCACUCACACAGAAACAGGGACAGGCACAAGCAUAUCCACAGACACCCAUGGCCAUCCAACACCAGGCAGUGGAGCCCCGAGCCAGCACAGAGAGCCCCAUCCUCGCUGGGCCAGAAGAGCUACUGGUAGUGGGUAGCCUCCAGGACAGGGAAGGGGAAGGGGAAGACACCCAGACAGAGGAGUCCCACAGCGGGUGUAUAUCAUCAGCAGGGCAGGGAGAUCAGGAGCCUGUUGGUGAGCUGGUGAUCACUGAGGAUGACUGCUCUGCCUAUCCCACAGAUAGCCACUCAACCCUGGGUUCAUCGUCUGACACACUGGCCUUUCCCACCACCAAACUCUACGGGCUGGUGAUCAAUACGACUGAGGCGGUGCUGGCUCCUCCGCCCAUAUCCUUUUCCUCAUCUGCCUCGGGAGCUGCUCCUGUGGGGAGAGAUGUGUUGGAAAUGGAAACAGACAUUGAUCUUAGCAGGAGAGACAGUUAUUUACUAGAGGACAGUGUUGGCAGAUUUCAGAAGCAGCACCUUAGAGAUGCAGUGCGGAAUGUGACAGAAAAUAGUGUCUCCCAGCUGGGCGGCUUGUUCAUUGAGGGGGAAGAUGAAGAGAGAAGAUAUGGGUCGGUGAUCGUCUCCGGUUACCCUUCCAGUAGCAAGGCACAUCAGGUGGAGCAUCUGUGUGGCGACAAGAGACAUCAACAGUCAUUUAAGAAGUUUCAAUGUACCACAGACUCUGACAGGAACACAUACGUGACGGCACACAGAGACACACCGUCCCGAGGCACUAAGGCGGACGUACAUGUGUCCCCCAACACAGACAGGAAGGACCUCCAGGAGACAGAGGGGAAGAGGCCACAGUGGGGGAAUCCACCAUUUUUAAUGCCUGUUAUGCCUUUAGCUCCUCUGAGUCUCAGUGUGGGCCGAUCUCUCUUUUGCCGGACGAACAGCGCUUUGGAAGGGGAUACCAUCCACGCCAGUCCUAAGAGCUCACUACUCAAUGAACAGAAAGGUCAGAGUUGUGGGUUUAUACAAUCUAAUGUGCCCCGACUGCCUGUUUUGCCCGCCUGUUUCCGAGGGAAGAUUGAUAAGAAGACACCUGUGGUAAACAAAGAGGAAAAACUGCUGUUGACGAAAACAAAGAGGAAUACAGGUUCUAGAGAUACAACAUCAGAGGACAAGGGUGGAAAGUUGACCAUUUGCUCUGGUCACAAUCUGAACAGGGACUUUCCAGCAUCGUCUUCAUCAAGUGAGGAAUCAACAGCAUCUUGGUCUCUUGACAGAAAGAAAAACAUCACAGUCCCACAUGAGGUCAUCUCCCUCGGUAAAGAACUCUCCAACUCUAUCAUUGUGACCGGUGAUCACUUGAUGAUCUCAGAGAAGGAACGUGUUGCAUACUUCACUCUAGACCAGGAGAACCCUCUAGACUCCAGAACGUCCUUGUUGAAACAAAUACAAUCAGACAGAAAUAAAGAACCCAAUCACUGCGUUACAGCAGACGUAAAGAAAGGCUCCAAGAUGCCUCAUAAAACCAGAACACACUCCAAGAAAGACAAACCAGCUGUGGAUCACCAUCUGGCCACACCAACCUCCAAAACACAAGAGAACCUACCGCUCGGAUCUAACAUUAAAUGUGACCCCCUAACAACACGCGAGGAUGGCGACGAUGGAUCUGUGACUGUCAAAGAGACUAUCGUCAUAACAGAGAACGUUAACACCAAAGGCCACGCCCACGGGAAGAAGAAGAAACACUCUGGGAAACACUCCCAGAAUGCAACAGUGAAGAGCGAGGGGGUAGAGGCCCUGGUUGAGGUGGAGAACAGGGCUAAACAGAAGACUGCUACCAAUGGGAAAAUAGACACCUUUGUUGCCAAAUUUGGACCCAAGGCUGGGAAAACCAAAGAUAAGACUACAGCAGCUCUGCCUUGCAAGAAGGACAGUGUUCAUUCAGACAGUGCUCAGAAACAACCUGGUGUGAAAUCUCUGGUUGACGCUUCUGUCAUCAGCCAAGUUGCCACAGUGAGUGACCCUUCCUCCAAGGUGCCCCAGUCUACCAUCCCCAUUGGCCAGCAGCCCAAUGAUGAUGUCAUCAAGCGGCGCCGUCUGUCUGAGGACAAGUUUGGUAAACACGAACCCAAGGCUGCUGUUGAGACGACUCGUAGGAAGGCCUACAGCGAUGUACUGAAACAGAGAACACAUCAUGCACCAAAAGAAGUGCCCAGAGUGGUGCAGCGGAUCCAGGCAGUGCCUGUCAGUGGCGAUCCUCAGAGCCUCAGUCUAGGGUGUCAGUUCACGGCUGUCUUUACUGACUACACCGUCACCUGGACCAGAGAGGGGGCAGUGCUGGCUGAGAUCAAGAGAAGUGCUGGAGAUGAGAGCAGAGUGUCCCUCACCAUCACCAAGGCAUCCAAUAAAGAUCUGGGAAAGUACCGCUGUAGUCUCCUCUGUUCCCAUGCCUCUGUCGUCCUAGACUACCUCCUCACCUACGAGGUGCUGAGUGAGAUUGUCAUCCUGGCUCAUCCCCAGAAAAACACCACAGCUGCUCCCACUGAGCUAGUAGGCGAAGAGGAGGUUGUGAAAUGUUCCUGUCUGUUGUUCAAAGAGGACUUCCUGUCAGAGCAGUACUUUGAUAAGAACCAGCCAGCCAGUCUGGUGACAGAGAAGGAACACUUUGGAGAGGGUAUGCACCGAAGGGCCUUCCGGACCAGGCUCAAGGCCGGUAUGGUGCCUAUCUUCACCCAGGGCCACCACUGUGUGCUCAAGGUACACAACGCUAUCAGCUACGGGACCCAGAACAACGAGGAGUUGGUUCAGAAAAACUAUAACCUGGCCGUGGAGGAGUGCCAUGUUCAGAACACAGCCAGAGAGUACAUCAAGGUCUGGACAGCCGUGGCCCAGACACAGGAAGCCUUCGGAGAGGUUCCAGAGAUUAUUCCAAUAUACCUGGUCCACCGUCCGUCUAACGAUAUCCCGUAUGCCACCCUGGAAGAGGAGCUGAUGGGGGAGUUUGUCAAGUACUCUGUUCGGGACGGGAAGGAGAUCAACCUGAAGAGGAGAGACUCAGAGGCAGGACAGAAGUGUUGUACCUUCCAGCACUGGGUCUACCACAAGACUGAGGGUAACCUGCUCGUCACUGACAUGCAAGGAGUUGGCAUGAGAUUGACAGAUGUUGGAAUAGCCACGUGUAAGAAAGGAUACAAGGGGUUCAAAGGAAACUGUGCCACGUCAUUCAUUGAUCAGUUCAAAGCCUUGCAUCUGUGCAACAAGUACUGUGAGAUCCUUGGACUCAAGUCUUUACAGCCAAAACCCAAAAAGACUGUGGUCCCUAAACCCAAGCCAACUCAACCUGCCACAAAGACUAAAAAGACUAUCGGACCCACCGUGAAGAGCAAAUCCUGAUAGGAGGAGGGCCUUUACAUUUUAACAUUGUCUCAUUCAGAUAAGAAUCUAUUUUUACGAGACCUGAUAGUAGACCUAACAGAUUUGAUACUGGGGAAUAUCGCCCAAUGAAUAAACCUGAUCUACAAUACACUGGAGAACUAGCCGGAUGCGUGCUUGUCUAUCUGGUGUAUAAAGAGACUGUUGGGUCAAUGGAAGUACGGCUGUAUGAAUAAAUGUACUGAAGAUGUCCUGAAGUGUCAUAGACGUCUGCCAGUACUCUUCAGUCAAUCUACCUAGGGAGAGGAUCUGCUGCUGUCAACCAUGAAGGGCUUGUCUCAUUCAGUUGAAUAGGUUCUCCCAUGUAUUUCUCACGCUGUGAUGAAGCUGUGAUGAAGCUGUGAUGAUUAGAACGAAGAGGCAGUAUAAUCAGAGAUAAUAGGUUUCUACCAUCUCUGGUAUUGUUUCUCUCUUUGAUGAGGUAGCAUAGCUAUAGGCUAUGUUGUUUCUUCUGUGUUUUGUCGGUAUUCUUUUAGUGUAUUUAAUUUUUUUUUUACUUUUUGAGGACACGUUUAAUCACAUAAUUAUUGUGUAAGAACAUAGAUACUUCAAGAAAAUUAUAUAAAUCAUAGGACUACAAUUUUAUGCAUUUUCUUUGACGUACAUGAUGAGUGAAAAUCUCUAUUUAUAUAUUUGUGUUACAUGCGUUUGUUUUUGAUUUCGUCUUUUGUUGUUGUAAGGUAACUAGAGGUUACCAAUAGAUGUAAUUUGAAAUGAUGUAUAACAGAUAUUUAAGAUGUACAGUAUCAAACUGAAAAAUAUACGAUGGUACGGUAAUGGUACUGCAAUAGCAGCGAUAUGGUAGUAGCCUGCAGCACACAUACAGUUACAGUGACAGAAUAAUGACGGACCAGUCAGAGUGAGAGAACACCACUUCGCCCCCUGAGAUCUCCUCCUCUUGACAUCCCAAGCCAGCUGUCUGAUGUGCUUGGCCAGGCCAGAAUGCCUCUAGCUAUGCUGCCCCUGCAGUCUGCCUCAGAGAUAAAACGACUCAAUAUCGCCAUCUGCCGGCCUUUUGGGCUACCUCAGCGCUAGGCUACAGUAAACAAUGUCCGCCAUGUCUGAGUAAUCGUCCAGCGGAGGUAUUCAUUCAUACUGACUCUCCGAUUCAAUACAAAACAAAUGAUCCAAAUCACCAUAUUGAUAUUGGGUUAUAUGUAAUCGGAUAUUGCCUUUUCCAUUUUUUAUUAGAGUGUAAUACUCCUCUGGAGCUUUGCUUGAUAAGUUAGAUAUUAUCUUGUGAUGUUGGUGGCGCAGCACUCUCAAGUGAAUGUGAGUCAUGUAGGGCCCCGAUACCGAUUUAUGAAUGUAUGUUUUUCCUAAACACUUCUCAGUAUUUGGUAUUCAGACUUAACCUAUUCAGUUGCCUCUGUGGGUGUGGCUACCUUGCACCCUCUGAAUAAAUGUCAUUCAACCACUGAAAACCCUCCCACUUGCUGGCCAACAGAUUUUCUCGUGAACUUUUCAUUCAGUGGGGUUUUCAGUACAUGUAUCUUAAACCAUCCCUUUAAAUACAGAAUAUACUGUAGGAAUCAAUGAAAGACAGUCAUCUAUUCGUCUCUUUUUCAGCACCAACUGGUAGAUUUAAAAAUACUUUGAUCUUGUAGAUUAUUUAGGCACAUUUGGGGGUUAGGAAAUAGACUGUGUAUGAAUAAAAUAAUAAACAGUUUGGAGAGCCUUUAUGCCCAGAAUAUA